UACACAAUGGAGAAAUUAGUAACAUUGUUAGCAUUACUAUUAUACUUUGGAUUAGUUUUUGGAGAAAUUAGUAACAAGUGUGUGUUUCCAGCAAUAUAUAAUUUUGGUGACUCGAAUUCGGAUACUGGUGGAAAAUCAGCAGCAUUUCGUCAAGUGCCCCCACCCAAUGGGCUGACUUUCUUCGGCAGUCCCAUGGGCAGAGUGUGCGAUGGUCGUCUAAUCCUAGACCUCAUAGCGGACAGGUUGGAGUUGCAGUACUUGAGUCCAUAUUUAGAUUCAGUAAUGGCAAAUUUUAGAAAUGGUGCAAAUUUUGCAACAGCAGGUUCAUCUAUACUUCCUGGUGGUUAUAGUCCUUUUAGCCUUGAGGUUCAGAUUUCUCAGUUUUUACAAUUCAAAAAACGGACUAUUUUGCUCUCUGAUUUAUCAAUUCCAAAUAACUCAAAAUGGUCUUCCUCCAAAGUCAACAUUGCAAAUCCACAAGAUUUUUCUAAGGCACUGUACACAUUUGACAUUGGACAGAAUGACCUUUCUUAUGGUUUUCAACAUACCCAUGAAGCACAAGUCAGAGCAUCCAUUCCACUAAUCUUAGACAAUUUUACUCAAGCAAUUCAUCAACUAUACUAUGAAGGGGCUGUGAAUUUCUGGAUCCACAAUACUGGUCCCAUUGGCUGUUUGCCCUACAGUGUGAUAGAUUAUCCAUUGAAGCCUCAGGGCUUGGAUGGCAUUGGGUGCAUAGAGAACCAAAACAAGGUGGCUCGUGAGUUUAACGAGCAACUCAAGGACAGGAUAUUACACUUACGAGCAGAGCUUCCUCGUGCUGCAUUUACUUAUGUUGACAUUUAUUCAGCUAAGUAUCAACUAAUUAGCUCUGCCAAGGAACAAGGGUUUGGUGACCCAUUGAAAUUUUGCUGUGGAUGGUACAACAAUGGUUCUGAAGUUGCAUGUGGACAGACAGCUAUAGUGAAUGGCACAGAGCAUGGGAAGGCAUGUAGUGAUCCCACAAAGUACAUUAGCUGGGAUGGGAUACAUUACACAGAUGCUGCAAAUGUCUGGUUAGCCAAAUCAAUUCUCAAUGGCUCUUUCUCAGACCCUCCAGUUCCUAUUGAACAAUCUUGCAGUCACUCAUCCACCAGAGUUUAACAAGAUGUGCUUUGGACCGGCCACGAUCAUCCUGCAAUUUCCAAGAUUA